AUGAGGCAAAAUACCAAAGGAAAGAGUGGAAAGGCUAGGGCGUCCCCCUUAAGCGACGACAAUAGUGAAUAUGCGACAUAUGAUAGGGCGUUCCCCGUAAGCGACGGAAUACCGAAGCGAAAAGACACUGUGCCGAUGCUUGAACUGCGUAUAUGCACUUGGAAUAUCGGCACAAUGACUGGACGGAGUGCUGAACUUAGCUCGAUACUGGAGCGACGACGCAUAAACAUCUGUUGUGUGCAAGAAACAAAAUGGAAAGGUGCUAAAAGUCGCCAAAUUGGAAAAGGGUAUAAGCUACUAUAUAAUGGAAGAGAGAACACCAAGAAUGGUAUUGGAAUAAUCCUGGAUCAAUAUCUUAGUAAUAAUGUAGUAGGGAUAAACAGAAUAAGUGAUCGCAUCAUGUCCGUUAAGUUAGCCUUGAAUAAACAACCAUGCCUGAAUGUCAUCUCAGUCUACGCACCACAAGUCAACUGCCAGGACGCAGAGAAACAAGAAUUCUGGGAAGAAUUACAGUCACUUGUAACAACAAUACCACCGGGAGAACAAAAACUCAUAUGCGGAGACUUAAAUGGCCACGUGGGAAUGGAUGGAGGUGGUUAUACAGGGAAUCAUGGGGGUUUCGGAUUUGGAGAACAAAAUAGGGAAGGGGAAACCAUUUUGGAUUUUGCGUCAUGUCAUGAUCUUGCAGUAGUUAACACGUUCUUUCAAAAGAAGGAUGAACAUCUAAUCACAUACAAGAGCGGAAACUCUAAAACCCAGAUUGACUACAUACUAAUAGACAAAAAAGACUUAAAGCAAAUUAAAGACUGUAAGGUUAUCCCCGGCGAACCUCUUACCUCACAGCAUAGGCUUCUAUUAACUGCCCUAAAAUUGAAAACACCCAUUAAGACUAAAAUACCAAGAGUCGAAAAGAUCAAAUGGCAUGCACUAAACGGUGACAAGGGAAAAGCUGUGAGAGAUCAGAUAAUAGAAUAUCUAGGAAAUACAUCCCCCGAAAAUUAUAGCUCAACAUCGAAAUUGUGGGAGAACUUUGAAUCAUUCUGCGUUGCUACUGUCAAACGUGAGCUGGGUGUCAGCAAAGGAGCUCUACAUAGUGCAAAGGAUGCUAAAUGGUGGAAUAACCGCGCUAAGGAUAGUGUAGCUGAAAAGAAAAGGCUGUUCAAAAUCUGGCAAAACACUCGCUCUGAAGAGGAUAGAGAAAUCUACAUACAGGCCAAAAAAGCCGCAAGAAAAACGGUAGCGGUAGAGAGAGAGAGAAAGCCGAGUCAGAGCUUCAUCAGCGAUUGGAAUCAUCGGCUGACUUUGACAUAUAUAAAAUAG